GUCAAUCACUUGUUACUUUUUUAUUUUUUUUUUGCAACACAGAAAGUGAAAGUGUGGGUCGUCACCCUUUAACUUCCUUUCGAUUGCAUGCAUUAAUUCAACAGUUGAGUUAAAUGUGACUUUCAAAUCCCGUGCUGCGGAUGGCAUUUGAACCAGGAGUGGUUUACUUUAAGGUUGAUCGCUGUUACAGUUGACCACUGUUGUCUUUAACAGGACCUUGUAGUCACGUGUCAAUUGUGCGCAUGCGUGCCAUCGAAGGCUCGCACGGCGUCCACUUUCGCUCGCCCCAAUUUAACGCUGAAUGAGAUAAACGGUCAUAUUUAAUCGGCAAACUCGCUCCCUCGAUUGAUUUGUCUCGAACAAAUUGUUUGUGGACCGACGCAGGAAGCUCGAUGUCGGUGGCAAACGCGAAGCUUAGUGUCCUGAAACCGGUGAUCCCAUACACAGGAUCAAUACCUGGAGGCCUGCACCCCGGAGAGAUCAUCAUCAUCCAGGGCACUGUCCCUUCAAAUGCUGACAGGAGCCUCCCCUACAAAGGCAGUAUCCUAAAAGGCCUGAGCCCCGGGCAGCACAUAACCAUCAAAGGACAGAUCAGCAUGUAUCCACACAGCGUUACGGUGAACCUGUGCAACAGCAGAACGGAGAGCAUCGCUCUUCACCUCAACCCUCGCAUGAAAUCCAGCACGUUCAUCAGGAACUCGUACCUGAAUGAAUCCUGGGGUCAGGAGGAGCGGGAGUUAGUCUUUUUCCCCUUUUCCCCUGGAGAGUAUUUUGAGAUUCUCCUGCUAUGCCAGGCGCAUCAGUUCAAGCUGGCAGUGAACGGCUUGCACUUGUUUGAGUUCAAACAUCGGGUUCAGGACCUGAGCACCAUCGACCUGCUGGAGAUAAUGGGAGACCUGGAGCUCAUGGAUGUCAAACUGUGGUGAUCCAGACUGCUACGUUCCUUGGGGGUUUCGUCGUGGGGGUUUUUGUCAACCCCUUCUCUCUCAAAUUUUUGUUUCUCAUUUAUUUUCCGAGCUUGUGUUCUUUCAAUCUUUUAUUGUGUCACGUGUGACAUUGGUUCGCUUCUUUUGAGCCUCAUGUCACAAGAAUGUAACAAAAUAAGACAUGCGUGAAGCACAUCAAUUUUAUUUUGGAUUACGCCUUCCUUUCUCAUCUAAGUUCUUGUCUAUAAAGUGUCUUGUUUUGACUUGCCAUGACUUUUAAGAUUCUUGAAGUGUUACCUAAAGCUCUGCCUUUACAGUUAAAUCAUGGAGGAAACAUUGUCACCAGUAUUUUAAAGUGUUCGCAAAGCAUGAUGGAAACUCAGAAGUCAUACCAUAAAAUUUAAGGUGAUGAUUUUGAUUCAAAGAAAGGAAACAGGAAAACCAUGUAUAAUUUUUUUGGUGGCGGUGUCGGAGCGUAAAGUAUAGCUGACGGAAUUUGUGUCUCGAAGUCCCUGCGCAGUGACUUGACAAAAAAACAAAACAGGCAAAUACAGUGAUCUUGUUGCUCAUUUUCUUCAGCAUGUACUGGAGCAUCAUCGGUAAAGUGACGUCACUGCAGGAUAAUGAAAGCCCCUUUGUGAACCGCCAUUAUUCUUCAAUCAUUAUUAAGACAAGAAACACACAAGCCUUUUCUGGAGAAACUGUCUGAUGCUUUACAAAGAUAUGGCUGAGUGUAAUUGACCAUUUCCAAGGGGUGUUCAUUUAACAGUAUGUUCACUUUUGUAAAUUUGCAGUGGUCAAGAACAAUCAUACUGAGGGGGCUUUAAUACUUGAAUCAAUAAAGGGAACAAUGUUCUUCA